AUUGAACUGCAAAAAACACACUUCGUCUCCUCAAACCAACAAAAUCAACCCGGCUACAGAUAACAAAGUUCCGAAGACGAAUUCAAGAUGAGAAUGCUGCUAACUUUACUCCCCCUUUUGGGGCUGGUCGCAGCUCAAAUGCAACGCCAAGGGCAUGACAACACUAGAGGUGGCUUCUUCAAUGACAUGGGGAAGUCAACCAGCACUUUACCACCGUGGGCCCAUCCUGCAUCAGGGGUCAGUGGAGGAGCUGCACAGCAAGCUGUACCAGUCGGUGGCCAAUUGGGUGGAUCUCAGUCGAGCACCAAGCCUCCCCAUGGCGUCGCCCCGAUCGGUAACCCCCAACUACCACCCGUUGCAGGAGCCAAUGCCGACCCGGGUAAAUCAGGUGGUUCAUCGGGUGGCCUGACCGGCUUCGGAGCCCACGACUAUUACAAUGGCGGAACCGGCCCCGAUGUUCUAGCCCCACAAGCCGCGGCUCCCUCUGGGGGCAGAAACACGAAUCAAAACUCAGGUCCUUAUGGAAUCGGUGAGGGCGACAUCCCCGUUGGUACUUACGGAGCCGCCCACAAACUGAUGCAACAGACCAUGCAGAACGGCAACAUUCUACCGGGAGAGUUGGGUGGAGGCAUCGGCAUCGGCACUGGACCCGGUACACACGCUGGACGAACCUCAGGCGAGAGGAUCAACCCAGACUAUUUCGGAGGUGCUGCCGGCAAUGGAGCUGGAGGACGUGGGGCAAACCAUGGUCCGAACGGCGGGGGUCAUGGCAUGCAAGGUGGCAUGCAAGGUGGCAGGCAAGGGGCAGGACCGGCACCGAGUUCGGGAAGGCACGGCAGCUUCAACGACCUCGGCACGGCUGGUGCUCCGGAGCCCGAGGGUGGCUUUGCUGGAGCCCCAUAUCAUCCCGGUAGAACGUCGGCUGAACGCCGUAACAACGGAUUUGGCGCUGGGAUGGCCGGCGGGGGUAUGCAAGGGGGUAUGCAUGGGGGUAUGGCACACAACGGGGGGAUGAUGGGUGCAGGUGGUCAUGGCCGUGGAAAUAAUCUUAAAAGUCAAGGGAAAGGGGAAGAUAAAGCCGCCAGCGGGGGUGCAGCAACCGGAGCAGGUAUCGCGGCGGCUGCUUUAAUAGUUGCUGCUGCCGUGGGUGCUAUCGCUUUUUUCGUAGUUAGGAAAAGAAAGCAUUCUAGACUAAUUAACUCCGCAUAAACACAUUUAUAUUAACCCCACAAAUUCAGCACAGAGACUUUGAUAAUUUGUUCAGCAUUGCUCCAUGGUAAGCACAUUAUAGCUAGUUACAAAAAUGAACAUAUUGUGCAAACCAUCCACUCUGGUCAUGCUUAUUUGUCUGCAAUCACAUAAACAAAAACUUUACAAAAAAACAAACGAACAAACAAACAAACAAACCAGCAAACAAAUAAGAAACACCCAGCAGGGUGGAUAUGUCUUUGUUAUUGUUAUUAUUAUUAUUAAGAUGGACUUAUAUUGUUUAAUAAAGGACCAAUUUGGGCUCAUUUUGUUAUCACUCUGGGAAAAGUAUUGUGCAUUUUUGUAAUAUGUAAAGAGUGGAAAACUAUGUUGUGUGUCUGCUGCCACCUAGCGUUCCUCAACCUAACGAUCCUCUGUCUUUAUCCGCAAUGGGAGACUUUUGAGCGAUA